AACAAACCAAGUAUUUCAUUAAUAUACGCUCAUUUGAACCUAUUCUCCUAGAUCAAAAGAUCAAGAGAACCCAAAGCAAGCAUAACUGCCCUUUAGGACCAGAAACAUGACCACUCUGGGUAAAGGGCCUUUCAAUGCCGAAAAUGAAAUCACAAAGUACAAACUUGAUCAUUCCACAUUCGACUUGAUUAAUGUCGACCGGUUCAAAAACACCAACUGGUCGACAGUUUUUGCAUAUAUGUGGUUGUGGAUCAUGAUAUUUUUGUCGUGGAUCUUGUUGGGAGUCGAUAUCUAUACCUGUUUGAAUAUUUUGGUGUUCCACAAAUGGUCUUCUGACGACUAUAAACCAUAUGCAUAUUCUGUUGCUAAGUGGCUAUUCACUGGUUGUAUUAUCUUCCAGUUCAUACUUCUUGCAUAUCAUUUAGUGUGGGCCAUACACACGUAUCGGACUAAGAAUAUAGCUUUGGCAUAUGUGAAUUCGAUUGCAAGAACCAUGUACAGUGUUAAAUCGUAUAAUUAUCACUGUUUGUUUCAUAAAAUCGAUACUGAUAACUUUUUUGACUGGGCUUGCUUUUUGUCAUAUGGUGAGGUGGAUAAUGCUUUGCAGAUUUUGCUUGCUGAUACUCCAAGACAGGUAAUUAACAUUCUAACUUUAAGAUACUAUGCGACUGAUGGAGACUUAUCCAAUGACAUUAUUGCCAACAUCAAGAAGAUAGCUGACACAAAUUUGCGGUUGUCGAUUAUCUUGUCUUUCAUGUGCCUUUCUGUGAUCAUUUGGUCGAUUUUUUUCUUCAAGUUUUGUCUUGGGAUGGUGAUGUACUUGCCGGUAAUAGCCAAGUUGAGAAACAAAGGAACCAAAUCUCUUAAGAAAUACUGUUGUAAAGUCGUGAAUGAUAAAGUCAGACUUUUGGUAUUGAAAAACCACAAACCUAAAAGCGAAUUACUCGAACAAGGAAUCUUGGACAUGUCUGAAAUUAAGGCCAAUCCUUUAUUAAACGACACCGUUACAAGGUUCGAUACUGACAAUGACUAUGAGUACCAAGCCGUGGACAGAGGUGUACCUUCGUACAAUGACAACAACAAGCUAUACUCCUCAAAUGCAUACAGUCUACAAGACUUAUCUAAUCCGUUUGGUGACCAAGAUAAGGCAUCCAUCGGCAAAGACAGUUUGGCCUCAGACAGUUCAGGAACUCUCCAAGAAGGGAUUGACUUUUCUGAAAAUUCUGCUAAGUUGGCUACUUCCUCGGCAUUUUAUGGUUCAGGUUCGGGCUCAAGAUAUACUGAACCAUAUCAGAACCCAUUUAGUGACUCUAAUGCUGUUCUUCUACAGGGCAGAAAUAUGUCCCAAUCUUCCUUGACGUACGAUCCAUUUGAACCUAGGCUUACUCAGCCAGGCCGAGUACAAACACAGCCUUUGCCCCAUCUUCCCAGAAACUACUCCCAGGGAACUCCAGCUCCAGAGUAUACUUCUUCUUCGGUUAAUCCUCGCUCAUUUUCGAGGAAGUCUCCUCCAAAUUUGGAUUUUCCACCUAAAAGAAGUGUAACGGAGGGAGAUUUAGUCAGAUCCGUAACUGAAGGUUCUGUAGCUUCAAACACUCCUUACCCGGUAAGGGGUAUUUCCCUCUAUGACAAGAACCGUAAGAAACUGGAUGCUCAGGGGACAACCAAAAGUGCUGGUAUGUACCCAAGUCAGGAUACUGGUAUCCUAUUCACGAUAUUUCCAACUCCAACACCUUAUGAUACUUUUUACAAAACUAUAGCAUUACUAAUAAAUACAUUUAUACUUCAAAUCAACCUAUAUACAAAAAUGAUACUCUCCAGUACUUACUUUCCAGCCUUCUUUAGUUCGUGUUCUUUUUUCAACUUGGCCAAUUCUUGAUCCGAAAUUGGAGGAAUUGGAAUGUCACUCAAAUCAUCAGCUGUCAACAUUUUCCAGGUGUACAAAUAGACUCCCAAGGGCACGGCCCCCACCAAGAACAAUCCUAAGGUAUUUCUGGUGAAAUAUUGGGAUCUCACUCUGUAUAACGCAGGUGUUAUUUCAAACGUCUUGGGGUCACGAUAACGGUUGUGUCCUUUUGGUACUCCAACAACUGGCAUAGUAGAUAGAGAAUGUGU